AUGCUGUACACAGAGAAAGAACUAGAAAAUAUUUUGAAUAACUUUAAAGAAAGAAUAUUAGUUAAAAAUUGUCUCGAAUGUUGGGAAAAUAUUUCUUUUUACACCGAUGGAAGAGUUGUUUGUUGCAACAAAAUUAAAAAACAUAGAUAUUAA